AUGAUUAAUACACAAAGUGAAGAUGGUGAAUAGCCUGUUUCAAGUGUGCAAGCUAUUGAAAAACCCUAAAAAUUUAGCCUAUUUGAUUUGAUUGUUGGAUUGUCUAUAUUUAGCAUUCUAUUUUUUUAGUAAUGUAUGGGUGAAAUUUUAUUCCCGAUUGGAUUAAUAUUUUUGAUGAAUGGAAUACUCUAUAAAUGCAACAGACGAAUUGAUUAAUUUAUGAUUGGUCUAUUUUAUGUACUUUAAUUAUUUGCAGUUUGGGCAUUAACCUAUCACGAUUUCGAAGAGUGUCGAAUUGGAUAUUUGUAAUAUUUUGCUUCAUUACAAGUAGCAUGA